AUGGGAACGAACAGAGAGAAGAGGUCUCGGUACCGAGGUCAAGACCUUGCGCAGCAUGGCAAGGCUGACAGGAACGACACCGCUCAGCAAAAGGGCAGGUCAGGGCUCUGGCUCCUUGGGGCAGCCCAGCGGUCCUUGGGCAUCAGGAUCCAAGGGGAGGAGCAGAGCAACAGGAGGACUCUCGGAGCAGCGAAGUACAGACUGACUUCCUUCCUGUCCAUUGAGACCCUGUGGCUCUGGGUCAUGGGGUUGUCAGCGGAGAGUUUUGCAAACACCUUUGCCGUUAUCUUGAUGGAGCCCUUGGCUUUCGUCUCUACAUUCUUGCACGAUACCGAUCACACGGUCACCAUACUCAAUCUGACCGGCUCUGCACUCGAGGAAUGGUGCAAUCAUAUGGUUCUGUUCUGUGUGGACUUCUCUGGCAGCUGUGGUGGUAAAUCAGACACGCUGGAGCAAGCUGCUCGUUCCGACCUUACAUUCGAGCAUGGGAUGAGAUACAUCUCUUUCAUGUUGGCUCUUGGCGUGCUUUUCAACAUCCUUGGAAGGCAGUUUGCUUCAUUGAUACUUGCACCACUCUUGGAAUCUCAUGACAUGAUUCGUCGCAACGGGAAAAGGAUCGUGGACUUGAGUGAGACAGUCUGGGACGACCUCCUCUUUUACGCGUGCUUAUCAAUUAUGCUUGCUGCUUGUCUAGCUUGCCGUCACGAGCUUGUCGCCUACGGACUCGACGACCUCUUGAGCGGCUUCUUCUGGGUUCCCAUCUCGUUUGCCUUCGGACAAGUCAUCGAGGGCAGCCUCCUGUACGAGGGGGUCCAGUGGGGAACCUGGAGGUGCAACGCAGUCGCUUGCGGGCUUCUGUUUGUCGGAACCUUCCUCGGGGCGCUAUCCUCGUUCAACGGCACGAGCUCUGACACUGUUCAGCUCCUCCUCAACAAGAGUGGCAAGGGAGCUGCGGUCUGGAACGUGGGACUCAAUCUCCUUACAAUGGUGCUUGCGACGUUUGCCAUCCGAGCCGUCAGUCAGUUUCAAAUUCCUUCCAUCCACAUCGCCCAAAAUGUCGUGGAAAGCUUUCUUUCGUUGUCUUCUCCACGAUCCAACGAACUCUGA